UCGCCGAGAAGCCAGAAGUUCGGAGCGAGCGCGGGCGGGGAGAACUGCCGUCGCCUCGGAGCCGGCCUGAGACCCCCGUGCCACCUCCAGACCGCCCCCACUGCGCCGCGGCCCUCUGAGGCCCGUCUGGGGACCGCGACGACGAGUGCUGCGGCUGGGGGCUUCGUUCCUUCUUCCCAAAGAUGAAAGAGGGCACGGUCGUCUUUACCGCCUCUCCAGGACUGUUGCUGCCGCCGCCGCUGCCGCCGCCGCUUCAUUGCACAUUCAAGUGGAAAAUUUUCAGGAGUCAGCAGAAACAUUGUGUCCAAAAAAGACUGAGUCGCUGUUACCACCAAACCCAGGAGGAGACUCUCCCUGGAAAACUUCCCUUUGGUUUAUUUUCUUGAAAAGGCUCCAGGCUUCGGCUUGGAAAAUCCAACCGCCAAAAUUGAGCCCAGUAGCUGGAGCGGCAGCGAGAGCCCUGCCGAAAACAUGGAAAGGAUGAGUGACUCUGCAGAUAAGCCGAUCGACAACGAUGCCGAAGGGGUCUGGAGCCCCGACAUUGAGCAGAGCUUUCAGGAGGCCCUGGCUAUCUAUCCACCGUGUGGGAGGAGGAAAAUCAUCUUAUCAGACGAAGGCAAAAUGUAUGGUAGGAAUGAACUGAUAGCCAGAUACAUCAAACUCAGGACAGGGAAGACGAGGACCAGAAAGCAGGUGUCUAGUCAUAUACAGGUCUUAGCAAGAAAGAAAGUUCGAGAAAUUCAAGCCGCCAUUAAGGUGUCUAGUCACAUUCAGGUUCUUGCCAGAAGGAAAUCUCGUGAUUUUCAUUCCAAGCUAAAGGUAACAAGCAUGGAUCAGACCGCAAAGGACAAGGCCCUGCAGCACAUGGCAGCCAUGUCAUCAGCCCAGAUCGUCUCCGCCACUGCCAUUCACAACAAGCUGGGGCUGCCUGGGAUUCCACGCCCCACCUUCCCAGGGGCACCGGGGUUCUGGCCUGGAAUGAUACAAACAGGGCAGCCAGGAUCCUCCCAAGACGUCAAGCCCUUCGUGCAGCAGGCCUACCCCAUCCAGCCAGCGGUCACGGCCCCCAUUCCAGGGUUUGAGCCUACGUCAGCCCCAGCUCCCUCGGUCCCUGCCUGGCAAGGGCGUUCCAUUGGCACAACCAAGCUUCGCCUGGUGGAAUUCUCAGCUUUUCUUGAACAACAGCGAGACCCGGACUCGUACAACAAACACCUCUUCGUGCACAUUGGGCAUGCCAACCAUUCUUACAGUGACCCAUUGCUUGAAUCCGUGGACAUUCGUCAGAUUUAUGACAAAUUUCCAGAAAAGAAAGGUGGCUUAAAGGAACUAUUUGGAAAGGGCCCUCAAAAUGCCUUCUUCCUCGUAAAAUUCUGGGCCGACUUAAACUGCAAUAUCCAAGAUGAUGCCGGGGCUUUUUAUGGUGUAACCAGCCAGUAUGAGAGUUCUGAAAACAUGACAGUCACCUGUUCCACCAAAGUGUGCUCCUUUGGGAAGCAAGUAGUAGAAAAAGUAGAGACGGAGUAUGCAAGGUUUGAGAAUGGCCGAUUUGUAUACCGAAUAAACCGCUCCCCGAUGUGUGAAUAUAUGAUCAACUUUAUCCACAAGCUCAAACACUUACCAGAGAAAUAUAUGAUGAACAGUGUUUUGGAAAACUUCACAAUUUUAUUGGUGGUAACGAACAGGGAUACACAAGAAACUCUCCUCUGCAUGGCCUGUGUAUUUGAAGUUUCAAAUAGUGAACAUGGAGCACAACACCAUAUUUACAGGCUUGUAAAAGACUGAACAUGAUUAUUUAUAUAUAUAGAAUAUCUGUAUAUACACACACCUAUGUGCACACACACACUCUCCAUUAUUGAACGACUGACUGUAAACCUCACCACGUGGGUGGUGUCCUGGCCCCGAGGUCACCCCGACUUUUCUAAAUCCUGUUUGAGUGAAGUCAUUUUUUCAUGUGUUCAUACUAUCAUUGUAGCUGUGAAGUUCUGGUACAGUUGUAAAGAGAAAUCGAGUUGUUUCUAUGUGUUCUUCAGAUCUGCAGCCCAUAAUUCCUCGGGAAAGGAAAACCUAAACAACCCAGGUCUCUCUCUGCAGAGACCUGUUUCUUAUUGUGGUAGAAAAUAUUAAGACAGAGCCUUGCCCACGGGACAUUUACUGCCUUUACACAAAUGUAUUUAGUUCUCUUUUUUUUUUUCCAACAUGAAAUUCUUGUUUUAAGAUACAAGUAAAAUUAAUCUUUAAAUAUAAAUGUAAAUUAGUACACAAAACUAAGAAUCUUUAGACUUAUCUUUGUAACUAAUUAGGGUGGAAGUUAUAAAAAGAAUGUAAUUCACUAAAUUAUUUUUUAAAUGAAACCUUUCUUUCUUUUUGAAACCAAAUGUUAAACUAUAGCCUUAAGAAAUGCUUGGUAGAAAUAUCCUAAUGAGACAAAUUUGUACUUCUUUCCUCAAGGUUAAAACUAAUCUUCUAAUCCAUUAAACUCUUGAACAGGUAUUACAGAGGAAGAAAACUUCACCCCUUAUCCUUAACAUAUAUAGUAUAUUUAAAAAUGUAAAAUUGUAUUGUACUAAUGUGAUGGUUGAUUAUUUAAUGAAAAAAGAAAAGAUGGCUCUUUUUGCAAUAAGUAGAUAAAUACUGAAAAAUCUAAACUUACAAUGUUUAUAGUCUUGUGUGUGCAGUUAUAUUUUAUAUGGACAACCAAAUUUUUUAUUAAGAGUAAACAUCUGAACCAUUGAAAUUUAAUAGCAAAAUUUUAAAAUUGGCAUGAAUACUGCACUGUGAGCUGCAAAGUAUAGAGAAUCUUGUGGCUGGGAGAGAAAUUUCAACAACCAAACAAGUAAAAGGCUCAUCAGGUUUAGCAACUCUGCUCCCCAGAAAAUUGUAAGUAUCCCUACCAGCCUGUGGAUAAAUUCUUUAUUUCUGGUGACCCAAGAUGCGUAGGAACCUGAUGUGACUAUAUGUGUAUGAAUGCCAUCGCAUAUGUACACAUAUACAGACAUAGUUAUUCAACAUUUGUAACACCUGUUUAGUGUUGCUCAGUUUGCUAGGUGCUGAUACCUAUGUGUAUCUCAGUCUGCAUCUAUACUUAGAUACGUUCUCUCUAAGGAUAUUCAUUUUCUAGACAUCUCUCAGUAAGAUGCAAUGGCCC